UUUUUAUUUAUUAUUAGGGGAUUUUCGCUUUAUUAGCGAAUUUUUUCUUUUCGAUUGAGGCGUAGAAAAAUAUUACAAAAGUUGCAUGUAGAUAAAGAAACUUAUAUUGAGAUGGCUACGUUGGAAAAAACUAAAGAGAGAACAAAGAAAUCUAAAGUAAAACAUAAAAAUGCGAACACCGUGCCUCAAGCUGAGAUCGACAUCCCAUGGGUGGAAGUAACGGACAGGGCAGCAAGCGAAAACACGUCAAAUGUGGACUUUGAUCAAUUUGCAACUACAAGCACACAUGAUAUUGUAUGCCAAGAAUGCUCCAUUGCAUCUGAUUAUGUCGAGCCAACUGAAGAUACUAUAAUAUCAGGCGAGAAGUCACCAGGGCAGCUAUCGCUGGCUGAAGAGCUUGCCCAGGCAAGAGCAUCAGACCGAGGGAUUGCCGCGGCAGUACCUUCACCUGUAGAGGAGGUGCCGCUAGCGAAAGAACAUGCCCAAGUAAACGCAUUAAUCCAGGGGAUUGCUGCAGCAAUACCUUCACCUGUAGAAGAGGUGCCGCAAACUCCGACUGCACCACCAGCAGAUGUAAACACAAAUGCAACAGCACCUGUUGGGCCAGAAAAAAAUCUGCCGCUCCUCCAAUAUCCAAAUCUUAUGCCAUUGCAACUGGUAGAAACUAAGUCGAAAGUGGUUUAUCAAACCAAAAGAACCACAUCACCAAAAUAUUACUUCACCAACAGUCAAUUGUUACCAUUUACAGCGGAACAACAAAAACAACUCUAUUAUUGUGCUGAAUUAGAUUUAGUUAAACAGUUUGAAUUGGAUUUUCUCAUGAACUCCCUACUGGAGACUUACGAAAAUGAUCCACUUUAUGCAGCGCUUCUUGAGUACUACAACCUGCAAAGUAAACUCGCAAUGAAUUUUUAUGAUGUAGAAAAAGCACGAAAAUGUGUGACAGAGUCACAGUCACAAAUUUGGAUUGAGGUCCCCAUCACAAAGACUUUUUCAGCGGCAUGUGGCGAUAAAGUUACAGUGAAGGAGUCUGUUACAUACAAAGUUGCUCAAGUAGAUGGCAAAAAUUUGGAGACCACUUCGGCAGCGUUGAAUAAUCUCUACGAUUUGGUCUGCAACACAUACACAACAAAUUUAAUAGCAGCAAAAAUUACUAAAGUAAAGAUUGAUCAAAUUAUUGACGAUAUAAUUUCACCCGAUUGUCUGGUUAUGCUUGCACAGAGGGAAAAAAUUACUUUACAAAAGGUGUUCGAUGCCUCUGUCAUUCCCUAUAUGGCACACCUAAGACGCUCUAUAUCGAUUUUGUUUAAUUUCAUGCGCAAACUGAGUCCAAAUAAGGAAUUUUCGACCGAUUUAAAAAUAUGGCUUCACAAGCUGGUGGCUCUACAUCUGCUCAUUGCAACUAAAGAAGAUCACUGGUUUUUACUUUUCAACAUUCUACGCUGUCCAAAUGGUGUGGGCGAUUGGGCAACAAAGUUCUUUCAAAUUCCUUGUGGCGCCAGCACAGCAACCGGUUCGCUAGACAGGGAGAAGCCAUUAGAUCUCGAUUCGCCAGAAAUGAAUCACUGUAUUGCGACAUUGCAAAUAUUACUUUUGCCCGUAAAAAAACGAAAUGAAUAUCUAAAAGACUUCGAAAAGUCUCACAAGGAAAUUUCGGAUCCUGCGCGUGAAGAACGCUGGAUACUCGUAGACUCAGAUGGUGAGGAUAGUCACAAUGCAAAUGGUGAGUGCGUGGGCCUAAAAGAGAGUGAUUUAAUCGCACUGCUAAAUCAAAUACCAUUUGAGAAAAUGUUUGUUUCCGCAUUGAAAAUUGAAAAAUUCCUGAAUGACUAUAUUGUUUCCACGGAUCUCAUACUGGCCAAUGACGUCCUGCGCGUUAUAACAUUUUUUUCCAGACUAGUGGAUAUUUUCGGUGAAGGUAUGUUGACAUAUAAUACGGAGCGUUACAAGCAGCUAGCAAAGCGUUUGGGACGCCUCAUAAGGCAUACGCUUCAAUACAGCACCGAUUAUUAUGAGCUAUUCAUGCACAACGAAAUCCCAAAGGAUGUAAGAACAUGCGAACGCAUUUCUGUGGAAUUGAAUACACUGCUCUUCAAAGCGUGCAGCUACAUUUAUCGAGCUCGCAAUUUGGCCACUUGGCAAUAUUUUUCAUCGCUACCUUUCCACUCGCUCGAUUCAGAAAUUGCUUGGCAAAUAUUUUAUUACCUAAAUGUCGGUUUUUCAACGGAGUUAACGACAAAUCAAACAGACUAUAGUGAGCUUAUAAACACGCCGGAUUUCUGGAAAAAAUUCAGUGUUGCUAAUGCAGACUCAUCCGCUGAAGAUUUGUAUUAUCUGCUGCAAGCCUUUUUUGAAAUGGCCAACGAACGGGAUAGAGCCAAGGAUUGGGAUUUGAUAAAAACCAUAUGUAUCCACAUCUUUAAUAUUGGUUUCGUAAACGCCAACACUCGCGAAAUUUGUUAUAAAACUGCGCGCGAUAUGCUCGUCAAUCUAACUCUUUCCUAUGAAGAUCUAAUUACAUGCCUCUUAUUGCAACUGAAAAUACGUUUCAAUGAAAUUGAAAAUAGUAAAUAUCUGAUCAAGUCACUGCCUUUGGAGAACUGGAAACCGGGCAUGGAUAGCUUUGAAAUUCUGUCAAAUUGGCUACUUCAUUUCGACUAUACAUCGGAAGAAAAUAUGCUUGCGCGCAUUGUCUUAAGCCACUUGAAUUGGGGUUUCGAUUACGACGGGCGCCUCUUUCUGCCGCAUAACAUACAUGUGCGCAUGGCGUGCCUGAUCACUGAAUCACUGAACAAACAUGCACCCGAAAUAAUUGGUUUAUCUGGUAUAUCCGAAAGUGUACGGCAAGUUUCCAAUCUUAUUGAUUUUUCACAAUCCACAAAAGAACAGUUCACAACCUGGUGUUGGACGAUGGUGUCGCUGCUACGCCUACAUCUGAUGGAUCAAGGCACUGAAGCCAUAAAGCGCGCGCUACGCAAUCCUAUGGAGGCCCUAAUGUUUGUGCCGGAAUUGCAACAUAUCGAGAUAAUUUAUCAAGGUGUCACUGAGAAUAGGCCACUUGCUGUAUAUGUUGCCAUUCUCGUUAGCCUGCAUGGGCAUACGAUACCUCUGAUUUGCCAGAAAGGUUUAGAGCUGUUGAAGUCACUUUUGAACGAUUAUCGUCAUGCCGCGGUAAUACGCUGCAUAGAAUUAAUAGUUCCGCUAUUUUUGGAAUCGCCAGAAACUUUAGCAAACUGUGAAAACUUUCAUGCUGUAUUGAAUUCUCUACUGACUGCUGAUCGCACUUAUUUGAAAAUGGCAAAAGACAUAAUUUACCCAAACUCAAUUGGGCCUGUGCUAGCACUGCUCGACAACAUGAUUCACCAUCAAAUAACGAGCUACACUGAUUACGGUCUGUCCACACCUAUGAAUUUGAUAAACGCUUGGUUGAAUUUGCUUACCGCUCUGCCCAAUUGGCAAAACACAAGCGUGGUCUACCUGCUCGACAUGAUUUUGCGCAUUGCUUACCAGUUCUCGGACGCACGCUAUCAAGCAGUGGAUUUCUUUCACAACUAUUUCAAGGGCUGUGAUGAAUGGAAGGGCAUCAGUAAGAUGUCGACUCUAAAAACACUUUUCGGCUCCGUGCAAUUACGCGUGCCAACAGUCUCACCGCUUCAUGGCUGGCUAGCGCUGGUGCUGCUGGAGAUUGAAUUCAAAACCCAGGAAGCGCAUUUUUGGCCGGAAUUUUUACGGCAAUUAGCUAUUAGCAAUAGUAAAGGUACUUUGGAGACUGCGUUGAAGAAAACUUCAACAUUGCUGAAAAUGUCCAACCCGUUUCCGGCGCAAAUGCUUGUGAUAUACAAAUAUGCGAAUGUUAUCGCAGGCAUGGAUAUUAGUCACCCUGUAUUUCCAAUUAUAUGCCAGAAGUUUUUUGAACUCUAUUUAAGCAGAGUGCCAUUGGAAUGCGAUGAAUACAGUUUUGGAGGCGUUUACGGCGUUUCAGACAAAUUUUAUGACUUCAACGUACCCCUAAUGAAGAAAGUUAGCACCAAUCUAAAGGCAGCUGAUGCUUUCUACACUAACGAAGCAACUAAGCGCGCAGCUGAAGAAAGUUUAAGCAUAUUCUACAGUGAUUGCUCGAAGAUAAUGAAAUCGUAUGACCUGUGGCUGCAUGAAACGGCCAUAAAUCAGCAUACGAAAGAUGAUUGCAAUUUUCCACCACAGUAUAACAAUUCAAAGCUGCGGGAAAUAUUAAACGGCAAUACGUCACAUUGGACAGAAUUUCUCUAUUUGCCCGAUAUACGAAAACAACAAAAGUAUCAAUCCCAGCAGUGGGCACGAAAAUGUCAUCGUUCCAAGUCGAUCAAACACCUCCGCACACCAUUGCCACCCAAGGUGCACGUUGAACCAACCGAGCGCAUCAAACAACUCUUAACUUCGUACGAUAUGCGGGUAGAGGCGCCUCAAUAUACGAAGUCCGUCGUUAGCAUUCCAAGUCAAAUAACAAAGUCUACGUUCAUAGAACUUAAAGCGAUGUUAAAAACACUUAACAGCAUGGCAAACAAAUUUCAUUACGAAACCAGUGAACUGAAUUCGCUAAACCGAAACUACUUAGAUAUGGUUUUGAAUUUGUACAAAAUGGUGCCUUAUGAGGAAGUGAAAUUUAAAAACUGCAAUUCCCUGCUUUUCAAACGGCAAUGCAGCAGUCCAGCGCGCAUCAUUACAACACUUGAACAAAUACGCAUGGACAACGAGGUCUCAGGAAAGAUAAGUAAAUACAUAGAACGUCACGACAAGAUUAUAAACGGAAUGCUUAAACUGAAUGUGGAAGAAUUCGCGCGUUGUGUAGAGCAGUUGAGCGGCAUUAUGCGCAUCUUGAUUGCAUCCAAUUCGGUACAGCACACCACUGUUGUCACCAACACAGGCAUACAUUUUUUCUAUGCUGUUGUGGAAAAUCUUACUGACGUUACAAUCAAAUUCCAACCAACCAACGACUUAUAUAGUCAGCUCUUGUAUGAGCUUAACAUUUUCAUGCAUGAAAACCAAGACAACGAGGGUCUCAGUAUACUGGAGCUUGCACUGAAACACCCCAAUCUCAUAAAGCAGCUGGCAGCUGCAUUUGUCCCCUUCCGAACGGCACCGCAAAAAUUCCUGCAAAUGUACAAAUUCCUGGUUGAAUCGUAUUUAAAACGCUGUGAUAAAAAAAUACUUUUUGUGUUGUUGUCGAAAUUUGACUUGGUAACAUGGCUUGAAAACUCACAACCAAAACUUAGCGAUAUUAACGAGCUAUUGCAGCUGGUAUUGCAAGGUUUGGAAUGUUGGUCUCAGCCCGACUCCAGCCUUCUUCAGGAUCAGUUUCGACGCCAUUUGGUGCGCAUCUUCGAUUAUGAUUUCCCCCAACAUUACGGCGAAGUAUUGCAAAUGGUUUUGGAUAGAAUUUCAGAGCAGAAAUUAAUGCCAAUUGUGCUGCUGGACUUGCUAAACUCGCUGCUCGCACGCUUCAACUGUAAAACCAUGUCAGCUAACACCAAAAGCGCUGAGGUAGUGGACAUUUCAAUUGAUUUUGCACGCCGGCAAAACCUUUUCAACCUAAAAGGCGCGACAGAUACUGUGCUGCUCUUCGCGCGUCACUUCCAGAAAGAGAGAUUGCACCAUGGCCUGCACGGACUAUAUCCGAAGCAUAAGGACUACUGUAAUCCACUUGCCAUGUGGUUUUCAUGUAUUGGGCAUGUCGUCAUUGUUACAGCGAUUUGCACGUUUCAAGAUUUGCUGGCGGAUCAGAUAAGCGAUGUUGUUUUCGAAUCAAUUAUUGAACUUUAUUCGCCAUGGCUAGUACCAUACACUGAAGAUGCUUUACAAAAAUUCUCAGCAAACUGGAUCCGCCAACUGACGGUAAAAGAUAAAGCAUUGUCGCCUUGGAGUGAACAGCAUGCGCCCAAAAGCAAAGUCAUGAUCAAGUCCUUAAUAGACAUUUUCAGUUUCGUGCUGGAGAAUCUGCCAAUUUCGCAUGUGAUCCUUACGCGCAUGUUCGGUUGGUACGUGCAUUACUUCGCUAUUCCGAACAUCGAUUUUCAUGUUUAUGUGAAUAUACACGAGGGUAUGGGUGCAUUACCCUGGGAGCGAUUUAAGCCGCAACCUGCACAAAUAGAUUUGUUUCGUGAGAAUUUACAAAAAUUCUUACCCUGCACUCAUGCUAUGUUGGGACACAUCUUCAUACGCAUCAAUUGGAACGCCUGGUUUGAGGAGACUUUUCCAACAAUACCGGCCAACACGCAAUCGUCAGUUAUUUCGCGACUCUUUACGGUUUUUGUGAAAAUGUCUUUCGAACCGAAUAUACACAUAAACAUAAAUACUAGCAAAAUAUUGGAGGACGCCAUCAAGUAUCCGUGGUAUAUGGUGAAUUAUGCGGAGUUGGAGGAUCUCUUCAAGUGGUUCGUAACCGCAGUUGAUUAUCCAAUCAUACUACAAAUACCAACUGAAACGAACUACGCCGAUAGAGCCGUCUUGGACUUACUCCGUCUCAGCUGUGCCAUGAUGCCCGAGCAAGCCACGUCUUGGCAAGCCAUUAUGCAGCCCAUACAUUACGCAACAGCGAAGCGCAUACUCUACACACGCAAUUACGUGCGUUUGUUGUGUCUCACCGCGGCGAAGAACCACAAGCUAUUGGGCACAAAGGAGGGUAUAAAUGCCUUCAAUAACGCCUUCACCGACCUGAUCAACACAAUGGACAAGUCUAUACGCGCCACUGGCGGCGUAAAGUCCAUUGACGAACAGAAACGCGAAGCCUUGAAUCUGAUGGUGGAAAUAAUGGUGCCUAUGCAAACGCAGAGCGUAGAGGUUUCCAACAAUUUUGUGGAUACAAUCAUUCAAUGGCAGGCGCAGUGUGACACUGGCAAUUUCCUGCUCUGCAGCACUCUUAACGCUAUUGGGCACAUGAAGACGUUUGUUACUGGCGUAUAUCCACUUUUAGAGUCAACCAUCUCGCAUUAUUUCCGCUCAUCAGCAGAAUCAAAAGAUUGGCACACACCAACCUGGAAAGCACUGUGGCAGAUACUACAAACAUCUGUUGUGAAAAUGGAUAUGAUGCCCAUCAUGCGCGGUCCAUUCUACUUCACCCUGCAUAUUUUUUUCCUUUACAAAAUUGACCAGAUUACAAACUCUAGUGAUAAAAUCACUUUUUUGCAAGACGUAUGUCAACUGCUGGAAGGCUUGAAGACUGAUCCAUUCACGGAGCCACGCUUAGCUUUAGUCUGGGGUGCGGCUAUUUCGCGCGGCUGCCAGCUUCUCUGUGAGACAGCCACUGCCAGGAAGGUGUUAAUGAUGUUUGCCUCCUACAUGUGCCUGACGUCAACGCAAACUGAGGGUUGGGGUGAUACGUUGCUUGGCGCAAUUGGUUUGAAGAAUGAUUUUGUGACGAAUAAGCGCAAAGCACUUGCUCGUUGCUUGGCGUGUGUUUUGUAUUCCUUAUUUCCACAUACGAGUUCCACUGGUCCAUAUACAAGUGACGAAUUUGAGUUCUCUUUGCACGAGUUAACUGUGUUGUUAGCUAAUAAAAAAUUCGCUGAUAUCAAACCACAAAUAGUUACGGCUAUCGGCAUUAUCAAGGACGAAAGCACUCCCUCUUUACGUGACGUGCCGCAAUUAAUUUCCCGGCUCAUUGGCGUGUUUUAUAAAAAUGAUUUUCUUGCGACUGCUUCUGAAUUAUGGGAAUUUGAGUCUAGGUUUACUUGAAC